AGCUAGUGAAGACAUAACAGGACAGAAUUUUUAUACCUUUUAUACAAGAUGUCAACUGAAAUUUCUGAGAUGUCGAAAACAUAUCAGUAUCGUAAAGUAAUGAAACCCAUGCUGGAACGUAAAAGACGUGCUCGUAUUAAUAAAUGUCUGGAUGAAUUGAAAGAUCUAAUGGUAGCCACUUUGGAGUCGGAAGGCGAACAUGUUACCCGUUUAGAGAAAGCCGAUAUUCUUGAACUUACAGUUUCCCACCUUCAGAGAAUGAAACAGAAUCGUAAACUUAAUGGUAACAAUAGCUCAUCCAUGACGCAAGCUGAAGGUUUUCGUUCCGGUUAUAUACACGCCGUUAACGAAGUAUCCCGUUCCCUUUCCGAAUUGCCUGGAGUUAAUGUAAAUAUUGGUACGAAAUUAAUGACACAUCUUGGACAGCGGCUAAAUCAACUGCAACCGCCUGUUAAACCAUCACUGCCGGUUACUUCACCGCUUUCCGUGCAUAUAGCAACAACUUGCCAGCGUAAGCAAUACUCAGCACCAAUUUCGCCUUUAUCAGGAUAUGCCAGCAGCCCAGACUCGAGCUUAUGCAGUACAAAACGUUUUACCCCAUUGCUAACUACCUGCCCGAGUACGCCAAUAGAUGUCACAAGCGUCGAUGCAAACGACGCAGAAGAAGAAGAAGAAGAAGAAGAAGAAAAUGUUUGGCGACCAUGGUAG